AUGCAUGCAACAAAGUUAGCUAAUAUUGGUAUUAAAUAUCUAAGUGAUCUACAAUUAAAUGAUCUUUAUCAAUUACAAGAUGAAUUAAAUACAUUAUGGAAAAAUGGUCAAUCUAAAAUAUCAAAUAAUUUAUAUGAUAAAAUAGUUGAUAGUAUUAAUUAUGAAAUAACACAAUUACAGACUGAUCCAUAUAAUUAUACUAUUACAAAAACUGAUAAUGAAUUAAAAAAACUUGUUGAUUAUUUAGCUCAAUUAUAUUCUCAAGGAUAA